CUUUCAGAGCCCCUCUGUGCUGGAUGGGAUCUGCAUGGAAGAUGUGGACUGUCCUAUUGGAAACCCAGUGGUUCAUGGCAAUGGGAUUAAGACUGGGAAAUGUGUGAUGUUCAACAGCACCCAUUCCACCUGUGAGAUCUUUGGCUGGUGCCCCGUGGAGAAUGACACCCUGCCCAGGAAACCUCUUCUGGCUGAGGCAGAGAAUUUCACUCUUUUUAUAAAAAAUACUGUCAACUUCACCAAAUUUAACUUCUCCAAGGGCAACACGCUGCAGACCAACGACCCCACCUAUUUCAAGACCUGCAUCUACGAUCCCUUUUUCAGCCCUUCCUGCCCUGUGUUCCGUGUCCGUGACAUGGUGGAAGCGGCUGGGGAGACCUUUGGGUCCCUCGCACUGCUGGGAGGAAGCAUCAGCGUGCGCAUUGAGUGGGACUGCGACCUGGACCAGCCUGCUGCCCACUGCCAGCCACGCUAUUCCUUCAUCCUGCUGGACAGGAGGUACAACUUCAGAACGGCCUCCUACUACUGGGACUUGCAGAGGCAGCACUACCGCAGCCUGCUGAAGCUCUAUGGCAUCCGCUUUGACAUCUCUGUGCAUGGCCAGGCUGGGAAAUUCGGUAUAAUUCCCGCUGCUGUCAGCUUCGGCACCGGCAUCGCGUUCUUUGGAACCGCCACCAUGGUCUGUGACCUGGUUCUGCUCUACCUGGAUGCGAAGGCUGACCUCUAUUGGAAAGAGAAAUUUGAGGAGGCAAAACCUCCCAAAGGUAAGAAAGAAGCAGCAGCUGAGGGGGAGAGGGCUGGCCAGGACCUGGGAGAUGCUCAGCAAUGCACACUGGAGUGACCUGCAAGUAGAUGUGAUGGGGCACAGCUUUGACCCUGCAGGAGGUGGCCCAAUUCCGGCCGAGCACUGGGGCUGGGUGCUGCACUUCUGAAGGAGUGCCAGCAUCAGCAGAAGUCCUUGGUACAUAGAGAGUAUAUGGAGAGUC